AUGGAGUCGCAGAAGGCGUCGAAACAGAAGCUACAGAAAUGUGAGAAGAGUGGAUCGAGAUUUUACGUAUUAUGUUUUUCAUUUUUAGGUGAGGUGUCGGGCGAAAACGUAUCCGCGGGCACGGGACCACGUGGCGGCGACCGUGGAGAGGCGGCGGAUUUAGGUACGCACACGGAAAACAACAACGGGACCACCCUGGCAGCAAACACAGCGGUCGACGCCAGGGGCGGGAGCCCUCAGGGCGCUCACCUGUCCGGUGCGGCAACCCCGAGACCUCCGAGGGGUAGAAGGCGGCAGAAUCAGAAUGGUCUCGACACUACUCAAGUUAAAACGGAACGACUCACGCCUGACAAUAACUCGACAUCGUCGAGGAGUGUGACGCCUUCGUCGAGUCAUCCGGGGACGCCGCCGAAUGCUACACCUUUAGGUGGACCCGACGGUCCACUGCCGUCUCAUCAUCAUCUCAAGAACGUGGAGCAUAUGAUGGGACGAAACUAUAGCGAUUUCAUGAGGAGCCUCGCCGCCAAGUACAACAACACCAACCCCAACGAAUACUUUAGCACGCCGAGGAACGGUUACUCUCCGGGUUUAGAUCCGAGGUUUCCGACCUUCAAGACCGGGGCGCAGUUCGUUGGUCUGAUAUCGUCUUUAGGCGCUCCGCAGCCACCGACCGUCCCCACAACCUCGCCGCUCUCCAACAAAGACUUAAAGGAGCAGAAGCAGGAAAGUCUCUUCGGGAAUCCCGUGUUUCCGCCUAUGAUCGAUAUGUCGUCCACUCAGGCUCUUCUGCACAUGGUACGAACUGCCAACGCAGCCCAGAACGCAGCGGAAUUGGAGACAUAUCUUAAAGGCGCAAAUAAAAGAGACGCGGGUGUGACGAGUCCUUUGGACCUCUCGAGUCCCGGUGGCUUCGCACCUCGCAAGCGGCAGAGGCUGGAAACAAGGAGAUCCGAAAGCGUGUCUCCCAAGCCGAAAUCUACCGCGAGACCGACCACACCUCCGCCAGUCAGGUGUCCGUCGCUCUGUGGCCACAUGCCUUGCGGCGACGGGCAAGCCGUGAACCGCUGGACCAUCGAGGACGUCGUCAAUUACGUCUCGUCGAUCGACAUCUGCGCCGAGUACGCACAGAAUUUCCGAGAGCAUCGCAUAGACGGUGCCGCGCUGCCGCUACUCUCGGAGGAUCAUCUGACGGGACCGAUGGGCAUGAAGCUUGGUCCGGCCUUGAAGCUACGCGCGAUGCUGGGCCGGAAACUGGGCGCCUGCACAGUGUGCUUGCACUGCGCUCACUGUCAUCAAUCUCAUCCAGCUCUAAGCGCGGCGGCUGCUGCGGCCGCGGCGGUAACGCAGCAACAGCAGCAGCAACAGCAGCAGCAGCAGCAGCAGCAGCAGCAACAACAGCAACAAACUCCGGGCCGACGGCCUAGCAGUACCGGGAACUGACAAACAAUGGCGGAGACUCCCCCGUUAGGGUCCGAGACGACGGCGGCGGCGGCGGUCGGUGUGACCCCGGCGCCGCCGUCGCCGGACCCGAAUCGGGCUCUGAGGAUAGAACGGCGCGUACCACGUCCAGUGCGCAAGCCGGAAGUCGUCUUCAAGAAGCCCAUCAAGCAGUGAACCGUGCAAACGCCGAAAUGUUUGAGUGGCGUUCAUGCAUUAGGGAGCAUGGAGACUCCGCCUGUUGUCAGUAACCGAGCACUCGGAAGAACUUUUCGAGAGAAAAAUUCAGACUAUCGGGUCCAGGGGAAACUGGGCCGGAGCGAAGGAGAAAGAGAGAGAUGAGAGACUUUGGUUGACAUUAGCGCGUAGAGAUGUGUGUUCGGGAAUGGAGGGAAUAUUUUUGAGCCGUUGAGCAACGGAAUAAUCUGAAGCCUAAACUAUAGAGACCUGAAGGAUCUACAGCAGAAUAGCGAAAUUAGAGACUAAAGUGUUUAGAACUUAACCGACGACGCGGGAUGUAUGAAAGGUAUGUAAUUUAAUUACGUACUGUAAAAACUAGAAACGCGUGACAGAAGAGUUAAGGUAAACUCUGCUCGGUCUUUGAUUACGUACUGAAUAAGUAACGCUUAUAAUUAGAUAGGCGAACAGAAAGAUAUUUUUGAAAAUUCUAUAUGAGAAUGGAGAAAUUGUUAAAUAGUUACAAAUUGGAAAGAAGUUUGCAAAGUUCAACUGACUCGCGACAAUGUAUAUAUAACGCUAUGAUAAUAAAUGAAUUAACAAAAUAA